AAAUUCUGAACACAUUCCCAAUAGUAAUAACAUUUGUGAUCAAGAAAAAGUUGAUACUGGUAACACUCUCAACGAAGAAAAUAAUAACAAUUCUGAUAGAUCAUUUAUUGUGAAUGAAAAUGUUGCCAAAC